UCUGCUCUUCUUUAAUUACUUUGCUGAACAGAGAGAGUUUAGUGCAUCCGCUCAGCUGGGGCAAAUCGGCAGUCAUCUUUGACUAGCCUAAACUCACGUAUUUGUUGCUUUUUAAGUUGUGCAAAGGAUCUUUUCUCGAACAAGGGGGGCUAAGUAAGAAAUCGAGAGAUUUCUGAUAAUUUCUUUGGUGUAAAUCGACGUGAAAUAAAAGACAAUGACUCAGUUCAACAAGGGCCCUGCAUAUGGUUUAUCAGCCGAAGUGAGAAGUAAGAUCGCUCAGAAGUACGACCUGCAGAAGGAGGAGGAGCUGAGGUACUGGAUUGAGGAUGUAACGGGCAUGCCAAUCGGAGAAAACUUCCAGAUGGGAUUGAAGGAUGGUGUCAUACUGUGCGAGCUUAUUAAUAAACUUCAGCCAGGAUCCAUUAAGAAAAUCAACCACUCCAAACUUAACUGGCACAAGCUUGAGAACCUGGGCAACUUCAUCAAAGCCAUUCUUGCGUAUGGCCUGAAGCCUAACGACAUCUUUGAAGCCAAUGAUCUAUUCGAGAAUGGGAACAUGACUCAAGUUCAGACCACACUUCUUGCCCUGGCCAGCAUGGCAAAAACCAAAGGUAUGGACACAAAAGUCGACAUUGGUGUAAAGUAUGCGGACAAGCAGACCCGUAACUUUGAUGAUGAGAAAAUGAAGGCUGGUCAAUGUGUGAUUGGACUGCAGAUGGGGACAAAUAAAUGUGCUAGUCAGGCUGGAAUGACCGCUUAUGGCACCAGGAGACAUCUGUAUGACCCAAAGACUCAAGCAGACAAGCCUUUUGACCAAACCACAAUCAGCCUGCAGAUGGGAACUAAUAAAGGAGCAAGCCAGGCUGGCAUGUCGGCCCCCGGCACCAGGAGGGAUAUUUUCGACCAGAAAGUGGCUGUCCAGCCUCUGGACAACUCCACAAUCUCGCUGCAAAUGGGCACCAACAAGGUGGCCUCUCAGAAGGGCAUGAGCGUGUACGGGCUGGGCAGGCAGGUGUACGAUCCCAAAUACUGCGCCUCCCCCACUGAGCCCACCAUCCACAGCAAUGGCAGCCAGGGCACCGGCACCAAUGGCUCCGAGAUCAGCGACAGCGACUACCAGGCUGAAUACCAAGGGGAAUAUCCGGAUGAGUACCAGGCAGACUACCACAAUGAAUACAGAGCCCACUAUGACCAUGGGAUUGACUAUUAAACUGCAGGCGUACAGCACAGAUGAUUAUUUUUGGAAUCCUUUCAUCAACAGAGCGAGGUUUUUUUUCCCUCGCUGGCCUUUUUUAUAUGACAAGAAACAGAUGUUAAGAGGAGUGUUUUUAUAUCAUCAUUCCUCUAUUGAUUAAACAGUAUUUUAUUAGGUAGGUAGACAAUAGACUAUAGUUUUAAAGUUUGGUCCUUUUAAAAGUUGAGAUGGGUUAGAGGAGAAAUGAAAGUAUUCGUCAAAUGUCAUUCAUGACACAUUAACCACAAUCUGUAUCCCUAGAUUUAAACUCAUUUUGAGCAUCAUUUGGUUUAGCAUUGUCAUUUCUAGCAUUUAUUGGAUGCAGAUUUCAUCAAGUUUUCAGACUGACAGCAGUGCAAAAAAAGACAUCCAGAAAGAUGAAAUGGUUUCCAGGCCAAUUUAAGCAUUGUGGCUUUUUAAGAGUGUUUUUUUUUUUUUUUUUUUUUUUACUUCUUGACUUUAAUUCAUUUGACCAAACAACACAUUGCUAAAUUGUGCCAUAGGCCCUUGUAUAUGUUUAGACCAAACCAUAUGUUCUUUUACGCUUCCCCCACUUCCCAAUCUUGUAUUUAUUGCCAGUAAUACUCAAUAGAGACCACAGUCCUGUUGAAUGGCUCUUGUUUUGUUUUUUAAAUAAAUAAAGUUUUUAAUUUUCCAGUCAA